AUGGCCAUCCUCGAUAUCACCAAAGACCUGCCUACGCUUUUUAAGCAGCAGGUCCAGGCCACCCCCAAUGCCGUGGCCUUGGAACACGAGUCUGCCACCUAUACAUAUUCCGAGUUAGAUCAGGAGGUGGAGGCGUUAGCCAGUCGACUCCGAGCCUAUGGGGUGAGUCGGGACACCCUCGUGGGUGUGCUCCUUCCCCGUAGCGCACACUACGUGAUUGCCUGUUUGGCGGCUUUGCGUGCGGGUGGUGCCUUCCUCGUACUAGAGCUGGCCUACCCCGCGGACCUCUUGGCGGAUGUCAUCGAAGAUGCCAGUCCGGCCGUGAUCAUCACUCACAAGGCGGAGGGCGAAAAGAUCAAAGCCCCCGUGCCAUUGAUUAACUUGGAUGAUCCCGUGGCCGAGAUCAACGGACACGCCAAGGAGCCCUCCCCAUUGCCGGCAAAUGAUGAUCUCGACCGGUUAGCGUUUGUCUCAUACUCGUCAGGAACCACAGGAAAACCAAAAGGCAUUGCCAAUCCCCAUCGGGCUCCAGUGUUGUCUUACGAUCUCAGAUUCGCCGUACAGGAUGUCCAACCAGGCGAUCGAGUGGCCUGCAAUGUCUUCUUUAUUUGGGAGAUGUUGCGGCCGCUCUUGCGCGGAGCUACCGUCGUGAUCGUGCCCGAUGAAUCAAGUUACGAUCCAGCCGCCCUGGUUGACUUGCUCGCCGCAAAGAAGGUCACCGAGACACUCAUGACCCCCACCCUCCUAGCCACCGUCCUCUCCCGUUACCCUCGUUUUGGCACCCGUGUCCCCGAUCUGCGAAUUGUGUGGUUGAACGGCGAAGUCGUCACAACUGAGCUGGCUCUCAAAGCCCGCAAGAUUCUCCCCAAUACCCGCUUGCUCAACUGUUAUAGUGCUUGCGAGACACAUGAAAUCGCCUGUGGCGAUAUCGGUGAUAUGAUUGAUACCGAGUCUCUGUACUGCCCAGUCGGUCCACCUAUCGACCCUGCCCACACUUAUGUCUUGAACGAGGGUGGGCAGGAGGUGGAGGCUGGCACAUCGGGAGAGCUCUUCAUCGGCGGACCCCUGCUGGCCAGGGAAUACAUCAACCUCCCAGAAACGACGGCCAAGGCAUUUACCGCCGACACAUUUGAUUCUACCCCUGGAGCUCGCAUGUACAGGACUGGUGACCUGGCCCGCAAGCUACCAUCGGGACUUCUCGAGAUUACUGGCCGUGUCGGCGCAAUGAUCAAGCUCCGUGGCUAUUCCGUCGUGCCGGCGAAGGUCGAGAGUGAGAUUUGCCAAUACUUGGCUGUCAGCCAAUGUGCAGUAACUGCAUAUGGAGAGGGACUGGACCGACAGUUGGUUGCGUACAUUGUCCCCGACAAGGAGGCCUCAUCCGAACGCCCAACUGUCGUCAUCAAUGAGUCUGGCCACAGCCCUUCCGCACGACGAGCUCUGGAAAAUAGCCUCGCGCAGUACAUGAUUCCGGCUCUCUGGGUUGCCCUUGAAGAGCUCCCUACCAAUGCAGUCUCCGGCAAGGUUGACAUGAAGAGCCUUCCUUCGCCCCGUAGCUCCAGCCCCAAUGGCAGUGAGCAGAGCGCAGGCAAGGACCCGAUCGGCAUCAGCGACAUCGCAGCUAUCUGGGAGAUUGUUUUGAAGGUCUCAAAGAGCUUGCUGAAGCCCGAAGAUAACUUCUUUGAUCUGGGUGGCCAUUCCUUGUCCCUCGCAGACUUGUCCUCGAAGCUCUCCAGACGAUUCGGGUUCCGUGUUCCAAUUCCCCGUCUCGCAGAGAAUACUACUCUCACUGGCCACCUGGAGACUGUCCGGGCCGUCAGAGAUGGACACACUGAAGAGGUUCAAGCCAAUUUGCCAGCAGUCUUGCUUUCUGAUGCCACGCUGGAUGAGGAUAUCAAACCCACUAACACCAAAAUUACAUCCAUCACCUCAGCUGACACCGUGCUUCUGACCGGUGUGACUGGCUUCUUGGGUGCUUUCUUGUUGAACGAUUUGAUUGAGAAUACCUCUGCUAAGAUCGUUUGUCUUGUCCGUUUCAGUGACCCUGAGCAGGAUGACCAAGCUGGAGGUGUGGCCAGAAUCCGCCGAAACCUCUUGGACAUGGGGCUUUGGCGCGAUUCAAUCCUUGAGCGUGUCGAGGUUCUUCCUGGAAAUCUUUCUCGCCCCCGACUGGGUCUGAGUCCGGAGGAGUUCAAUGACGUUGCUUCUCGUGUUCAGGUCAUCGUGCACGCUGCCGCCACGGUCAACCUUGUGUACCCCUAUGCUGCACUGCGAGGUGCAAACGUGGGAGGAACCAGAGAGAUCCUCCGCUUGGCUGCCAAGGGUGGUGCGACCGUGCAGUAUGUUUCUACGAACGGUGUCCUGCCAUCAUCAGGCGAGAACGGCUGGCCCGAGAGUACCGUACUGGAUGUCAAGGAUGUUCCCACCAAGUUGCUCGAUGGAUACGGCCAGACCAAGUGGGUUGCAGAGCAGCUCGUUCUCAAGGCCGGUGAGCGUGGAUUGCCAGUCAAGAUUCACCGAUGUGGUACUAUCAGUGGUCACAGUAUCACUGGUUCUGCUAACGCAUGGGAUCUGCUGACUGCUCUGAUUGUCGAGUCUAUCCAGAUUGGGUAUGCCCCGGAUGUGGAGGGAUGGCGCGCAGAGAUGACGCCUGUCAACUUUGUCAGCAAGGCCGUCAUUCACCUUGCUACCCAAACUCAGGCGGACCAGACCGUUUUCCAUCUUGGUGACCCUAAGCCCGUCGACACCCGAUCACUCUUUGAAGAUCUCAAGGGCCUCGGCUACGAGACAAAACCUCUUCCAUGGGAUGAGUGGGUUGCCUUGUGGUUCGAGAAGCGAGGAUCCGCAAAGGGUGGAGACGGUUCGUUCACCGUCGACAUUCUUCGCAGUGGCAUGCCUACUGUGGAGUUCCUCCGCGAAAUUGUGGUUCUCGACAACGCCCUGACUCGGCCCUUCCGAGCGGUCAUCGAACGACCCAAGGUGGAUAGCCUGUUGUUGGAGACUUACACCCGUCAUUGGUUUGCUCGAGGAUGGCUUCCACGACCCCCCUCCCGUCAGCAAGCCCUGAAGCGUCCCACUGAGCCCGUCAAAGGCCCGCUUAGUGGCCAAGUGGCCGUGGUCACCGGUGCCUCUUCAGGCAUUGGCGCAGCUGUAGCCACUGCUCUCGCCAAGCAAGGCUGUGCCGUUGCCCUUGCCGCUCGUCGACUGGAUGCCCUCGAGGACACCAAGCGCAAGGUCGAGGCUCACGGCGUCAAAUGUAUCUUGCGAUCCACAGACGUCACCAGCAGGACUCAGGUCGAGGACCUUGUCAAGGCUGCCAGCGAAGAGCUGGGUCCAGUUGAUAUCUUGGUUGCUUGUGCGGGUGUCAUGUACUUCACCAUGAUGGCCAACACCCAGAUGGAUGAGUGGGAGCGCACGGUUGACGUCAACUGCAAGGGUCUCCUACACGCACUCUCUUCCACCGUCCCUGGUAUGCUCUCACGAGGCCGCGGUCACAUCGUCGCCAUUUCUUCCGACGCCGGACGUAAGGUCUUCCCAGGCCUGGGCGUGUACUCUGCUAGCAAGUUCUUCGUCGAAGCUACUCUCCAGGCACUUCGUCUUGAGACUGCUGGCGCCGGACUCCGCGUGACCAGUAUCCAGCCUGGAAAUACUUCCACAGACCUGCUGGGUAUGUCAACCGAUACCGAAGCCGUCAAAAAGUUCGGCGAACCCUCUGGAGCGAAGAUUCUCGACCCAUCAGAUGUUGCGAACUCCAUUGUUUAUGCCCUCACUCAGCCAGAGCACGUCUCCGUCAACGAGAUCCUGGUUGAACCCCGUGAUGAGCCGAUUUAA